UUGGUUUCCAAAUAAGAGAAAAAAAAAUCAAAAGAAAAAGCAGUUAUAGACAGUGACAAAGAAAGAUCUGUAUAUUAGUUUGUUCUGUGUCUGCUCUAGCAUUGUUUGUUUUGAAUCUUUAAGAGGUUGAAGAAGAGAGUAAAGGGUAUCAGAGAAAUGAGAGAAAUCAUAAGCAUACACAUUGGACAAGCAGGAAUUCAGGUUGGAAAUUCAUGUUGGGAGCUUUACUGUUUGGAACAUGGCAUCCAACCAGAUGGCAUGAUGCCUAGUGACACUUCAGUAGGUGUUGGACAUGAUGCUUUCAACACCUUCUUCAGUGAGACUGGUUCUGGAAAACACGUGCCAAGGGCUGUUUUUGUUGACUUGGAACCAACAGUCAUUGAUGAGGUUAGGACUGGUGCUUACAGGCAGCUGUUCCACCCUGAGCAACUUAUUUCUGGGAAAGAAGAUGCUGCUAAUAAUUUUGCCAGAGGACACUAUACUGUUGGUAAGGAAAUUGUGGAUCUCUGCCUUGAUCGAGUGAGGAAAUUGGCUGAUAACUGCACUGGAUUACAAGGGUUUUUGGUGUUUAAUGCUGUUGGUGGUGGAACUGGUUCUGGUUUGGGGUCUUUGUUGUUAGAACGUUUAUCUGUAGAUUAUGGAAAGAAAUCAAAGCUCGGGUUCACCAUUUAUCCUUCUCCUCAGGUCUCAACUGCAGUUGUGGAGCCUUAUAACAGUGUACUUUCUACUCAUUCCCUUCUUGAGCACACAGAUGUCGCUGUGCUUCUAGACAAUGAAGCUAUAUAUGACAUUUGCAGACGAUCCCUAGAUAUAGAAAGACCAACUUACACCAAUUUGAAUCGAUUGAUUUCGCAAAUCAUAUCAUCUUUGACAACUUCAUUAAGGUUUGAUGGAGCCAUAAAUGUGGAUAUUACAGAGUUCCAGACUAACCUCGUGCCAUAUCCACGUAUUCACUUCAUGCUUUCUUCAUACGCUCCAGUCAUCUCAGCUGAAAAGGCAUACCAUGAGCAGUUGUCUGUUCCUGAGAUUACAAAUGCUGUUUUCGAGCCUUCAAGCAUGAUGGCUAAGUGUGACCCUAGGCAUGGGAAAUAUAUGGCAUGCUGCUUGAUGUACCGGGGAGAUGUUGUUCCCAAGGAUGUCAAUGCCGCCGUUGCCACCAUCAAAACUAAGAGGACUGUUCAGUUCGUUGAUUGGUGUCCAACCGGCUUCAAAUGUGGUAUCAAUUAUCAGCCUCCAUCAGUAGUACCUGGAGGUGAUCUUGCCAAGGUGCAGCGUGCUGUUUGCAUGAUCAGCAAUAACACAGCAGUGGCUGAAGUCUUCUCUCGCAUUGACCACAAAUUUGAUCUCAUGUAUGCCAAGAGGGCAUUUGUUCACUGGUAUGUUGGUGAAGGCAUGGAAGAGGGAGAAUUCUCAGAAGCUCGUGAAGAUCUGGCUGCCCUUGAGAAAGAUUAUGAGGAAGUUGGUGCUGAAGGUGGGGACGACGAAGAGGAAGGCGAAGAUUAUUGAUAUUUCUUUCUUGCCGCAGGAGCAUUUUCAAAUUCAAGACUGAUUCAGUAUGUCAGGGUUUGCCACCAUUCCCUCUUGCGAUUCAACUCUGGUUUUUGUGAUAUGUAUCCAUUACUAUCUUUCUCACAAGCUGUAAAAUUGUCGAAUUUGUUUAUGUUCUCUCUCUCUCUCUCUCUCUUUAUGUGUUCUUUGUGAUAUUAAGUUUGAUAUUCAAAAUAAAGAGCUGCGAGUGAUUAUCAUGAGAAAUGUUAUUGAGCAGGCUUGUUUGGCAUUA